UACGAAAAAUAAAAGAUUCCUAUAUGCAUAAAAGUAUAUUUUUUUGAAAUAAUAAAAUAGUUUUGAUUUAUGCAACCUAAAAGGAAAGAUCGAGUGGAACUGGAGAGCAAUAACUUUUAACUCCAUAAAAUGACCGAACAAAAGAGAAUGUGUAAUUCAAAUUUUGAGGACACAGUACACGUUAGUUUUUUCUUGCUUGAUGUAGACGAAACGGCAGAACUAGAAAACUUGUGUGAUAGUAUCAAUGAAACUAUAAAAUUAUUAGCGAAAGACUACAUUUGGCACAAGGAGGAGUUCAAAGUGCAUAUCCCUAUUACAAAUGAAAAUAAAAACAAUCCUGUGCAACUUCAAAGUACUACAUGUUUUGGUGACAAUAUUGAAGAUGAAUGGUUCAUAGCAUACCUUGUUUUUGAAAUAAGCAAGGUCUUUCAUAACCUCAUUAUUCAAAUGAGGGAUAAUGAUGGUGAUUUUCUACUGAUAGAAGCUGCAAUGUUUUUGCCAUCAUGGGCUAAUCCAGAAAAUACAGAAAAUAGGGUAUUUAUAUAUAAAGGACACAUUCGUAUGGUUCCCCCUGCAGUCAUAGACCUGAAUAAAGUUUUCACCAUCAGGGAAGCUUUAGAUUUAGUUAUUCACUUACCGGACUUCACUAAAGUAUCAACUGCAAUUGAAGAAGCUGUCUGGUCUAGAAUAAAACAAUAUCCACAACAAGUAAAUCAAAAUUUUCACAAUGCUUUAGUGAAAUUACCACUAGAUUUAGCAGCUCUAUUGUCAUUGAAUCCUACAUUUAUAUCUGCUAUCGUGGAAUCAUACUGUAGUCUUGACAUGUUUGAUUUAAAACAUUGCCAAAAUUUGGAGUAUCAAGAUCCUAUUAUUGUUAAAGUAAAAUUUACGAAAUGUUUGUAUGCUAUGCUAAUGCAUUCAAAGUAUGUUAAGAUUAGAGGACACUCAGAAAAUGACAAAAAAGGUGUCCUAGGCCUUAAACUAGCAUGUGGAUUUCAGAUAUUAAUGAAAAACCUAACAAAAGAUGUUUUUUCCACCAAAGACUUUAUUCGAUUUUUAAAUAAUUUAACUGAUAUCGGAUACUUUCGGCAAAAUAUUAAAGAUUCAAAAGAAUAUAAUGAAUUAUUAGAAAAAGCAAAGCAAUAUUUUCUCGACACCGAAUGUUCUAUUUAUACUUCUAAAUCUAAAAAUAUUUCCAAAAUAAUGGGUUCAGACAACUUUCAAGUAAUUAAGGAAUCGUUGAAAAAUGCUGAUCCCAAUAAAGCAGAUUUGAGUGAAGACUGUGAUGAUUGGUUAAAUAUUAACGAGCAGCAAUUAGAUGAGUUGUUAAACAGGCGUUAUAAUUAUGAUAUCAAAUUUAGAAAAGAUGACGUUUUGACACCACAAGCUAUAACAACAAAAUUAAAUAAUUUUUUGAAUGAAUCAUCGGAUUUUGAAGGUGUUGAUUCCAGAGAAAUAAAUGAGUCAGAUAAUCAAUGCAUUAACUUCGAUGCUGAUAAUUUUGUUAAUUGCUUACAAAGAAUGUUAAGUUUCCCUCCCUCUGAAAAUACCAAUGAUUCCGAUUCUAACGAUUCUGAUUUUGAAAUAGAAUCUGAUAUAAGCGAUGAAGAUGAAGCGUUAGAAAAAGAGUUGGCUUCUAAACUUGAUUCGUUCGCAAAUAAUAGAAAAUCUUGCGAAACCGUGGUACAUAAUAUAACUGAAAGUAUUAAAGAAGAAGGUUUGUCAGGACCUUCAAGCAAUAUACUCAAAACAAUUGGAAUCAGCAGAAAAGAUAUGUUAGAUUCCGAUGAUGAUGAUGGAUAAAAAAUAAUAUUACUGUGUAAAUAACUUUAAGGGUCACACUCAAAUAAAAAUCGAAAUGUCGAAGAGACAAG